AUGGGUAUAACAUUAGAUCAAACUCCUUCAAACGAAUUAUAUACAUUAAAAUAUUCAUUUGAAGAACUGAAUGCAAUAACAUCAAUAAGAAUAUCCCCCAAUGGACAAUUGAUAGCACUAGCGACACUAUACAAGAUAAAAAUCUAUGAUUUUCAAACUCAAGAACUAGUAACAGAACUAAUAGGUCAUUCCAAGGGAAUAUCAGAUAUAAAAUUCUCACCAAUAAACUCCCAAAUAAUAGCUUCUUGUUCAGAUGAUUUAACAAUAAGGAUAUGGCAUAUCAACAAAAAUUCAUCUAAAUGUAUUAAAAUUUUCAAAAAACAUACUUUUCAUAUUACUACUAUACAAUUUAAUAACAAGGGAAAUUUGCUUAUAAGUGGAUCCGCUGAUGAGACUAUUACGAUCUGGGAUAUAAUCUCUGGAAAGAUUCUAACUACGUUAGCCGCUCAUUCUGAUCCUAUUUCAAGUUUAUGUUUAACUCCUGAUAACUCGAUUAUUAUAAGUGCUUCGUAUGAUGGGUUGAUAAGAUUAUUUGAUUUAGAAAGUUUCCAAUGUUUGAAAACAUUGACUACAUCAACAUCCCACGGAACAGCAACAAGUUCAUUAUCUACGAAAGAUUUACAGAAUUUCCCCGUUGCUAAUGUUUGUAUAUCACCUAAUGGGAAAUACAUAUUGAGUACUAAUUUGGAUGGUAAAAUAAGGUUAUGGAAUUAUAUGGAUAAUAAAGUUGUUAAAACUUUUUUGGGAGUUGAUGGUGAUAUUAUAUGUGAGAAAUAUAAUUGUGAACUGAGGUUUAUUUCUGUUAAUGACAUGAACCUAAUUGUUAGUGGGAGUGAUUUUGAUGGUAUUUUAUGUUGGGAUAUUAAAUCUAAGGCUUUAGUUUGGAAUUAUUCCGAGAGUGACGCUGUUUUGAGUAUUGAUACUUAUAAUAGUGGUCAAUUUUUGGUUUCUGGUGGUUUAGCAGGUAUAGUAAACAUCUUCGAGUUAAACUAG